AGGCGCGUCUUCUUCCCUCCCUCCCUCCCUCCCUCCCUCCAUUGGCAGCCAUGGCCUUCUCCCAGCUGGGCUACCAGUACCUCCGCCCCAUCUACCCUCCGUCGGAGCGGCCGGGCGGCGGGGCAAGCCUGGCCAACGGGGCGCGCCCGGUCUCGGCCGAGCUGAGCCCCUCGGGCCGCCUCUCGGGGGUCCUCUCCUCCAUGUACGCCGCCGGAGCCCCUUACGCCGCCGCCGUGGCUCAAGGCUACGGAGCCUUCCUCCCCUACGCCGCCGCCGCCGCCGAGCUGCCCCUCUUCCACCAGCUGGGCGCGCCGUACGAGCUGAAGGAGAGCCCGGGGGUCCCGGGGGCGUCGUUCUCGGCGGCGGGGGCCUCGGGCGCGGCCUUCUUCCCUUACGGGCAGUUCCAGUUCGGGGACCCGUCCCGGCCCAAGAACGCCACGCGGGAGAGCACGGCCACGCUCAAGGCCUGGCUGGGCGAGCACCGCAAGAACCCCUACCCGACCAAGGGCGAGAAGAUCAUGCUGGCCAUCAUCACCAAGAUGACCCUCACCCAGGUCUCCACCUGGUUCGCCAACGCCCGGAGGAGGCUCAAGAAGGAGAACAAGAUGACCUGGGCCCCCAGGAGCCGCACCGAUGAAGAGGAGGAGGAGGAGGAAGAAGAGGAGGAGGAGGAGGAGAUCGACUUGGAGAACAUCGACGGGGAAAGCGCCAAAGCCGGGCCUUUGCUUCUGGAAGAGGAGGAGGAAGAAGAGGACGAGGUGAGGCUUCACUUGGCCAGCAAAAGCCCAGGCUCGGAGGUUUCUUCUUCCUUGUCUUCAUCUUCAGAUGGAGAGGACUUGCAAAACAGCCACACCAGGGAGAGCUUCCUCCUCAAAGCCAUGGAAGCAACCCAACCAACUUCUUCUUCAUCUUCUUCAUCUUCGGGGGUUUCUUCUCAACUUUCUCCUCCAACAGUGGCUCCUCCGAAGCCUAAGAUCUGGUCCUUAGCGGAGACAGCGACCAGUCCGGACAACCCUCGGAAAUCUCCCCAAAACAACGGAGGAGGAGGAGGAGGAAGGAGCGCUUCCCCAACUGCCUUGCAGCUUGGACACAGACUGGUCUCCUCUUCUUCAUCUUCCUCCCCUUCGUGCCCUCUGGGGAAGUUCGCCAACGCCGCGGCUUGGUGCGGGAGGCCCUUCUCAGCCCAGCAUCACCAUCAUCCCCAUCAUCACUCCCACUCCCAUCAUCCCCACCCUCUGGCUUUGCUGAACGCGCCGCAACUGCUGGGACUGGCCGCCCUGGGAAGAAGCACCGAGCAAGGCGCAGGAGGAGGACAGGACUCCGGAGGAGAAAGAGAAAGGGAAGGAGGGAAUGCAGAUCCACCUAGUGUCUUGGAAGUAGAGAAAAAGUUAAUAAAGACAGCUUUCCAACCAGUUCAGAGGCGGCCUCAGAACCAACUUGAUGCAGCUAUGGUUCUUUCUGCGUUGUCAUCAUCAUAGUUGAUUUUUAUAUAUAUUAUAUAUAUAAAAGGGAAAAAACACUGUUCCAAUGAUUGUAAAAUAAAAUCCUCUGUAUAGUUACAACUUGUACGCAUGUCCGUGUAUUGAAAAAAAGGGAAAAAAUGGCAAAAAGACAAAGAAAAAAGUCCUGCUUCUGUGCUAUCAUCUGGAUUAGCUGAAUUCGUGAGGUUCUUUUUUUGGAAGUCCAGUGAGAAAUAGGCGUCUUCGGUUUUCUUUUCUUUUCUUUUCUUUUGUAUAUAUAGUAAAAACAAAGACGGAAACAAAAUGUACAUAUGUGUGAACCAAAUUGUACAAGAAAGUAUAUAUUUUUGGCUAAUAAACGGUUGCCCCUUUUGACUACAA